AUGGCAGCUGCGACCAAGUCUAAUGGAGCUCUCAAAGCGAACAACACCAAGACGAAUGCAGCCAGCACUGCUAGCAAUGGUCUCAGAAGAAGUCGAAGAUCGACUGGAGGGGCAGUCAAAGUGGAGCAGGAGGAGGAGCAGGACGAAGAGGGGACCGACGCUGCUCGAUCACCUGCGAAGAAAGUCAAGAUCGAGGAAAACUCUGAUGUGAAGACCCCCACGAAGAAGAAGACUACACCGACAAAAGCGAAGGGAGGAGCCAAGAAGAACGUCAAGAAGGAGGAGCAGGAACAGGACGCGAAGGACGUCAAACCUUCGCCAGGUAAGACGCUCGCGGAGCGCAAGCUUAGCCAGCAUCGUUCCUCUGCGAACAACACUCCCUUUCCCCGCUGGCCUCUACCCACACACGAAGAAGCAGAGAAGGUCGCUUGGAUUCUUGGGCGAGCCCAUGGCUACCGUCCUACUUCUGAAGGCGGGCGCGGCCUGCCGCGCUUCACUCCCCCCGCAGAGGAGAAGGAGCAGUUUGGCGGCUGUGGAGACGUCAAGGAUGUCAUUGAAGCCACUGUCAGGACCAUCUUGAGCUGCAACACCAGCGGAAGGAACAGUACGGCUGCACAUCAGAGUCUUGUGCAGAGGUUUGGUGUGAGGAAUUGGGAGGCGAUUCUGGAGGCGCCGCAGAAGGAAGUGGAGGAGGCGAUUCGAUGCGGUGGGCUGGCGGUGAACAAGAGCAAGAAUAUUCAGGCACUGUUGCGGGAUACAAAGGAGCGAUAUGGCAGCCUGUCACUCCAGCAUCUCCACGACCUGCCGACCCCAGAAGUCCAAGAGAUUCUCUUGUCGUUCUCUGGAGUAGGACCGAAGGUCCAGUCUUGUGUACAAGCCUUUUGCCUUGGCCGCGCCUCCUUCGCCGUCGACACACACGUUCAGCGCCUCUCUAUCGCGCUCGGCUGGGUUCCUGCCAAGUCAUCUCGAGAGCAGACGUACUAUCAUUUGAACCAGCGGGUGCAAGACGAGCUCAUGUACCCCCUUCAUGUCCUUCUGAUCAAGCACGGCAAAGUCUGCAGCAAUUGCAAGGCCAAAGGUGGUCGAUUGGGAAAAGACGCAAAGUGGGAGAGCGAUGAAAGUGAUGCUGAUGGCGCGAAGGAGGAAGAAGAUGAGAAGAAGGUCGAUGCGAAAGCGAGGGGGUGCCCGCUCAAGGAGGCUGGACUACUUGGUCGGAGAAACCUAAAGCUGCUGCCCGAGGAAGGAGAGACAGAGGAGGCAGCUGUGAAGAAGGAAGAGAAGGCCUAG